CUCUCCCCUCCCCAGGCACCUCCCGGCCUGAGCAGCGGGCGCCGAGCGCAUCACCUGAGCGGCGGCGAAGAGCCUGGCACGUGGAAGCGCAGCCCGGCGAUGGCCGCGCGGGGCCGGGCUUGACCCCCGGCAGCCGGGCGGCCCGCGAGCCCGGCUGGAGGCCGAGCGGGGCUCCCCCGCCCCGACCCCGGGGCGCGAUGCGGAGAGGCGGGCUCUGAAGCGGCCCCUGGGCAGCAUGCCCCUGCGCUCCCCGCCAGCCACCCCGCCCUGAGCAGCGGCGAGCGCGGCCGUCGGGAGCAUGCGGGGCCCCGGGGCGCUGGUGCUGCUGCUGGCCGCGGGGGCCCUGAGCGCGGCGGGGGCCGCCCCGGGCACGGCCCUGCAGGGCGAGCGCUGCUGGCUGCGGGCCGCCCCCUGGCUCUCGCCGGGGCGGGCGCGGGCGCGGGGCCGGCGGGCGCGGGGCGCCGAGGACACGUGGGAAGAGCCUGACGCCGCUCGCCGCCGCGCCCGGGCCCGGCAGCCGGGGGGGCCGCUGGCCGCCCUGCACUUCUCCGGCAGCCGGGACCAGCUGCUGGCGCGGCCCCACGUCCUGGCCGAGGUGCCUCGUCACCGCUUCACCGUGGAGGUGUGGGCCAAGCCGGAGGGCGGGCAGAGCAACCCGGCUGUGCUCGCAGGUGUGUUUGACAAUUGCUCCCAUGCAGUCAGCAACAAGGGCUGGGCCCUGGGAAUUCACUUAUGGCAGCACCUAGGGAAGAAAGAUGCCCGCUUCUUUUUCUCUCUCAGGACAGACCGGAUGAAGAGAGCCACUGUAGUUUCUGGGUACCAUCGAUAUCGACCAAAUACCUGGACCCAUGUGGCUGCUACAUAUGAUGGGCAGUGGAUGACUCUGUACCUGGAUGGGGUGCGGGUGGGCAGAAAUGACCAGCAAGCAGGUGCCUUGCACAGUGCCUUCAUGGCCUCCUGCCGCACCUUGAUUCUGGGAGGGGACACUUCUGAGGAUGGGCAUAACUUCCGUGGGCACCUCAUGUCCCUGGCUCUCUGGAACAUAGCCCUGCCCCAGGACAGGCUUCAGCGUGGCUUCUUACAGGUGGCUGAGGGUGGGGAUGCUGCCUUGGUGCUCAGCACUAGCUUUGCCCGCCUGGAGGAGCAGUGGGUAACAUUCAAAGAUGAGGUUUACCCUCUGCUUGAGAACCUCCCGAUGCCGGAACCUGAUGUUCUCUUUCCACUAGCACCCCCUGAAUGUGGGCAAACUGUCUGUGACAAUGUGGAGUUGAUCUCCCACUACAACAGGCAUUGGCCGCUGCGCAGUGAGAAGGUGGUCCGUUACCGCGUGGUCAACAUCCAUGAUGACCGUGGGCUUCAACCCACCGUCAGCCGCGAGCAGAUCUCACGUCAGCACCAGGCCCUGAGUGAAGCCUUCAGUCGUUACAACAUCACCUGGCAGCUGACUCUCCAUGAGGUCUACAACUCUUCAUUGCGCCACCGCACGGUCCUGGUCAACUGUGAGCCCAGCAAGAUCGGCAAUGACCACUGUGACCCUGAAUGUGAGCACCCUCUGACUGGCUAUGAUGGGGGUGACUGUCGCCUGCAAGGGCGUUGCUUCUCCUGGAAGAGGCGGGAUGGUAUCUGCCACAUGGAGUGCAACAACAUGCUCGAUGACUUUGAUGAUGGAGAUUGCUGUGACCCCCAGGUGACUGAUGUCAGGAAGACCUGCUUUGACCCUGACUCACCUGAACGGGCCUACAUGAGUGUGAAGGAGCUGAAGGAGGCGCUGCAGUUGAACAGCACACACUUCCUCAAUGUCUACUUUGCCAGUUCAGUGCGGGAGGAGCUGGCUGGUGCCGCCACCUGGCCAUGGGAUAAAGAAGCCCUCAGCCACCUGGGUGGCGUGGUCCUCAAUCCAUCUUAUUAUGGCAUGCCUGGCCAUACCAACACCAUGGUCCAUGAAGUGGGCCAUGUUCUGGGGCUCUACCACGUCUUUAAAGGAGUGAGUGAGAGGGAAUCUUGUGAUGAUCCCUGCAGGGAAAUUGCACCUUCCAUGGAGACAGGAGAUCUCUGCGCUGACACAGCCCCUACCCCGAAAAGUAAACUCUGCCAUGAUCCAGAGCCUAGCAAUGACACCUGUGGCCAAGCUUAUUUCUCUGGAACCCCAUUCAACAACUAUAUGAGCUACACAGAUGAUGACUGCACUGACAGCUUCACCCCAAACCAGGUGGCUCGAAUGCACUGCUAUUUGGAUCUGGUGUAUCAGCAAUGGAGCCAGAGCAGAAAGCCCACUCCAAUCCCCAUGCCUCCAAUGGUCAUUGGUCAGGAUCAAGGCUCCCUCACAGUGUACUGGCUGCCUCCCAUUAGUGGCAUUCUCUAUGAAAGAGAGCCUGGCACCCUCUGUGGAGACUGCGCUGAAGAUGGGACUUUCAGCCAGUAUGUACAUGAGGCCUCUUCCCCUCGGGUCUGUGACUCCUCCGGCUACUGGACCCCAGAGGAGGCAGUAGGGCCUCCAGAUGUGGAUCAGCCCUGUGAGCCCAGCUUGCAAGCCUGGAGCCCAGAGCUCCACCUAUAUCAUAUGAACAUGACUGUCCCUUGCCCUCAGCCUUAUGGCUGUAUCCUGGAGCUGCAUUUCCUGCAUCCUGUUUACCCAGAUUCACUUAUGCUGUGGACCACAUACCUCUCAACGGACUCACCCAAGGCUCUCUCCAACAUUGAAAUCUUGACGGAGCAUGGGGAAUCCAUCCCCUUGGGACCCCUGGACACCUUCUGUGACAUCCCUCUUACCAUUAAGCUCAACAUCAACAAGAAGGUAUCUGGGGUAAAGGUCUAUACCUUUGAUGAAAGAAUGGAGAUAGAUGCUGCUCUCUUAACCUCCAUGCCUCAGAGCCCUCUUUGCUCCAACUGCAAGCCUAUACGGUACCGGGUCCUCCGGGACCCACCAUUUGCUAAUGGGUCCCCCAUUGCAGGGAUACAGAUGCACCGAAAGUUCACUGACACGGAAGUCACACCAGGUGAACUGUACCGCUAUCAGAUCCAGGGGGUGGCCGGGACAGCCGUGGGAGAGCCCUCACCACCAUUAAUCCACAUUCAUGGUGCUCCUUAUUGUGGAGAUGGAAAAGUGACCGUGAGCAUGGAUGAGGAAUGUGAUGAUGGGAAUCUGUUGGAUGGAGAUGGCUGCUCUAGGACAUGCAAAAAGGAAAAGGGCUUCAACUGUGUUGGAGAGCCGAGCCUGUGUUAUGUCCAUGAUGGUGAUGGAGUGUGUGAGCCUUUUGAGAGAAGAAGCAGUAUCCUAGACUGUGGCCUUUACACUCCCAAAGGAUACGUGGAUCAGUGGGCAACACAGGCCUUUGCCUCCCACCAAGAUGAGAAGUCAUGCCCUGUUUCCGUAGUGACUGGAGAGCCUAUUGUGAAGGUAUGCAAAUCUCACCUUCAGGAUCUGCUGCAGAGUCACUCCCUUGCUGCUUGGUUCCCCUGCGCCCCUAGCCAAGAGGCUAUGCAGAAUGAAAAUGGAGAGAAAAUGCUCUUCGAUGAUCAGAGAGUUUGGCUCAAAGUGUGCUUUGACAGACCCGGAGUGGCUACCUCAGUCUUUGUUUUCCUGGCCUCCGAUGGCAUCAUCCCAGGUGACCAACACAAACUGACUGUGACUGUCCACCUGAGUGAUGUGAGUGGGCACAAUCACUCUCUGGGAACACAUGAGCUCUCUUGUCAGAGGAACCCAUUGGUCAUCAGUGUGACUCACAACCCAGGUUCCUUUCCCUAUCGCGUUGCCUCAGUGCUGCUCAAUUUCUCCUCCCCCUUAGUGGGUAUCUCGGCAGUUGCCAUGAGGACAUCCUCCUCCUCCAGCACUUCCAUUCCAAACACUUGUCUCCUGGAGCACGAGGGACAUGGCUGUCAGAGACACAGCAGUACCCAGAGUACCAGUGGGGAGCACAGCAGCUGCCUGCCACUGCAGCUUGAUCAUGCUGCCAUCGUGAACUGCACAUCCAGUGCCCCAGGACUUAUGAAGUGUGCUGUUACCUGUGAAAUGGGAUUUGCCCUCCAUUCCAGCAGUGGAAAGGGUUUGAGUCCCAUGCAGAAAGAGGUUCUGCUGACAUGUAACUUGGGACAGUGGGACAGAUCUGUGACCUGUGAUCCCGUUGACUGUGGAGUUCCUGACCAAUCGCUCGUGUACUAUGCUGAGUUUUCCUGCCCUGAAGGGACCACAUACCUGAAGCAAUGCUCCUUCUCCUGCAUCGAGCCAGCUAAGCUUCAAGGAAUGAGUCAAUGGCUGACCUGCCUUGAGGAUGGACUCUGGUCACUCCCAGAAGCCUACUGCAAGCUGGAAUGUGAUGCUCCUCAUGCAGUUGCCAAUGCCAAGCUGCUGGUCAGCGGAUGCCUGCAAGGGAACCAUGAUGUGGGUUCUGUCUGCCGCUAUAAGUGUAAACCCGGAUACCACGUGGCAGGGAGCAUGGCAGGCAAACCCAGGAAGAAGUUCCUGAAGAUUCAGUGCCUGGAAAGUGGAGUCUGGGAGGAAGGCACCUGCGUUCCUGUGCUGUGUGAACCACCCCCUCCUGUUUUUGAGGGGAUGUACGACUGUACCAAUGGUUUUGAGCUGGACAGCCAAUGUGUGCUCAACUGCAACCCCCAGAGUAAAAGGGUUCCCAUCCUGUGCACCAAAGAAGGCUUAUGGACAGAGGAAUUCAAACUGUGUGAGAAUCUGCAAGGGAAUUGUCCGCCACCCCCAGAGCUGAAUUUUGUGGAGUACAAGUGUGAACAAGGGUAUGGAAUUGGUGCUGUGUGUACACCAUCCUGUAUAAUCCCCCCCAGCGACCCAGUAAUCCUGCCCGAAAAUGUUACUGCUGACACUAUGGACUACCGACUGGAACCUCCCAAAAUCCAGAAUAUUGUGUGCACUGGCAGGUUGCGAUGGUAUCCAGACCCAACAGUCAUUCACUGCAUCCAGUCAUGCGAGCCUUUCCAAGCAGACGGCUGGUGUGACACCAUCAAUAACAGGGCAUAUUGCAAGUAUGAUGGGGGUGACUGCUGCUCUUCCACACUCUCCUCCAGGAAGGUGAUCCCAUUUGCUGCUGACUGUGACCAAGAUGAGUGUACCUGCCGGGACCCAGCAGCUGAAGAGAAUCAGUAACAGCCUCACGAGUGGCCUCUGUGGGUGAGGCGAGCUUAAGAGGAAUUGAUGGGAAACAACCAGAAUAUCAGGAGGGUGAAAGGGGCUUGUAAGAAGAAAGAGGAAGUUUGGGAGGAAGAGACUGGAUGGGGUCAUAAUAACAACCAGGAUACCCUCUGCCUUGUGGGCACACACAAGAGGAGGGGUGUGAGCACUGGUGAAAGUGGAGGAACAAGCAAGGAGAUCGUUAAAUGAGAAUGGGAGGAUAAACAGGCUCAACACACAGCUACAGCCCCUGCCCUUCCCAUCACCUCCUUUCAGAACGGAAACCCAAGCCAGGGACCUGAUCCAAAGCCCAGUGAACUCAACAUGGAGGCUUUCCAUGACUUCAGCGGGCUUUGGAACAGGCUUUGAGCAAAACAGAUGAGAAGCUGCCGCGGACACUUUGUUACAUUACUGUAUCAAUGGUUCACCACCUAUGCGUGUGUGUCCGCUGUUGCUCUGAAUUUUGUCACUACUCACUUCCUCUACUGUAUAGGCUUCUUUUAGCAAGGUCGAGGUAGUUGUGAUCUCUUUGCAAAUAUUUAAACAUAAUUCUAUAUAUAAAUAUAUAUAUUAUAUAUAUAUAUUUUUUUGCUGUUUAUGAAGCUGAGAAAGAAUACCCUUUGUCGCACACAUGCUGCUGUGAAAUACAUACCAUUGGAAAAAGCAAGGGUCGGGAAUGGGAGGGAAAGGAAUAUCUCAUUUUCCUGGGAGGGAGCGGGAAAUAGAAAAAGAGUGACCAAACAGGUCUUUACUUCUAGAAGGAGAUGCCACCCAAGUGACCUGAAGUUGGAGGCAAAUCCUGAAUACUGAGCACCUACAAAUCCUAGCCUCCAGUGACAUUUACAGGUGCUUAUCUUCACUCAGAAUUUAGCCCUAAUGUAUUGAGAGACAACAGUUUUCUCUGAUACCUUCAGUAAACACUACAGCUGACCAUAAUUUUAUUAUGCUAUGGUUGCUCUACCAUACAAUAGUGCUGUCACGCCAGGAUACACAAGGCUGGGCCACUAUUCUACAAUACUUUCAUACAAGCAAUCUGGAGCUACAUCAUCAUCAUCAUCAUCAUCCCAGUCAUUUCUUUCUUCACUGUCUGCCUCUCUCCUCUUUUGACUGGUGGGGACCCAGGUUGAAAAAGAAAAUGACAGAGCAAGGCAACAAAGAAGAUCCCCUCCCCGUGCUCUGACAUGAAAGAAAAAACGGUCUUAUCUGCUUCUGACUUGCUUUUGGAUCCUGGGAUCUCCCUGUUUCAAUGAUGAUGCUAACAAGGUUUUAGAGUAGUGGUUUUCAAUCUGUGAUCUGCGGACCCUUGGGGGUCUGCAGACUAUGUCUAAGAGGUCCGUGAAAGAUGACUAUGAUCAAUCAACAAUAUGUGAAUACCCACACUUACUUUUCAAAGGGGUUUGCACCUCCAUUUGAAUUUUUUUAGUAGUCCUCAAAUGAAAAAAGGCUGAAAACCAUUGUCUUAGAGGACCCUGAGAGCCACAAUGCUGAGAGGGGCUGCAUCAACAUAAACCACUUCCCUGGAGAAAUGUUGUGCCUCUUCUUUCUUCUUGGGUUUCUUCUUUGCUCAUCCUCAAUUGCCUUAGUUCAUACCACAGAAUAUCAAAGGGGCCCUUAAGCUUCUUCCUUCUGUAGGUCACCAGUGAACUUGCUCGGAUGAGCUGCUAACCAAGGAAGACUCCAAACCACCAGGCAGUUUGUCCUUUGCCCCAGAUAUUACAGGUUCCUUCUGGGGGACUGUAGUCAGCUCACUAGAAACAGCUGCCAAACAUGGACUCUGAGGACCCAGCUGAAUUGUCCCCCACAUUUGGGAUUUUUCUUCAGAUCUGGUAUUUUGAUGGGCUCUAUUUUUAUGUAUAACAGGAAAGCAACUGGGAGCCACUUUGCAGACAGAAGGAGGAGCUGAAAAGGAGACAGCAGAGAAAGGGGACAGAAGGAUAAGGGACAGAAAAAAAGGAGAGUAGAGAGAGAGAUUAUGCCUAUCACAGAGACUCUCUACUGUUGGGUCAGGGCUGAAGAAUCAUCUGGACAUCACAGCUUGCCCCAUUUGGAUAAUCUGUCAGUAUUGAAGGAAUGAGACACAAUUGAAGCCAGGUCUACUUGUUUGUUGAGGAGCUUAUUCAGCUGAGGAGCAUAUGGAGUGAGAGUGACACUCUGUGGGAAGAUUUGGGUAUUUCAGAUGCUGAUAGCCUGUUCCUAUUGCUUUGGCUCCUUUUUGUCAGGCAUCUCAAGAGAACUUCUUAGAAGGUAAAUCCGUUUCUUGGCUUUUUUAUUUUAUGGGGACAAUUAUAGUUCUUGGUCUUGGUUUUUUUUUCUCUCUCCCCUGUUCUUCACUUGGGAGGGUCAGGGCAUGUACUCAGGCUCAGGGGCCCAAGGGAGGGCAAGUGAGCCUGUUACUUCAUGUAACAGCAGGGCUGGUUGAAAAUUUUCUGCCCAAAUCAUUGUUUGAUGGAAAAUUGGGUUUAAGAUUGAAUGGACUUGGUUUGCAAAGGGGGUCUGCUUUCUUCAGGGACUUUUGACUUUAAAAAAAACAAAACAAAACAGUUUUCUGCUAAAAAAAAUCCUUCCUUUCCCCUCCCAGAAAAAAGAUUAUUUAGAAAUGCCAUUGCAGUGCUUCCUGGGGGACUUAAUUCAAGUGCCUCUAUCCUCCUCUCUGCUCUGGCUGAUUGGCCAAACUACAUCUUCCAGUGAUUCACUGUGAUCAGGACUCCUAUAAUAUACUGUUAAUAGUACAUCACAGGAGAUAGCCUGGCCAGGUACCAGGAGAGUUAGGUUAUGAGGCAUCCAAAAUGCAUCUCUCUUGAAGCACCCUAGCAGCAUUUCCCAAUCUGAAUUUUGCCCUUUUUUUUUUAAGGCAGGUAUGGGGGGAAAGAGGGAGAGGAAGGGAAUUUCCAAUUAGCUUUGCUUAACAGCCCUAGAAAGUGUAGAGCUGAUGGGCCCAUCUACCCACUGCCUUUACAGUGUUAUAGGGGAGAUUCUCUGCAUUCUGCUAGGUCACAUCUUUUUUUUGGUAACUGCACAGUAUCCAGCCCCUUUCUUCAAAACAAACAAUGAUUGGAGAGCAGGGAGAGACCCAUCCCUAGCAUGAGCAAGCACAGCUGCACUGUUGUGAAUGGAGUAUCCUGCACUUUGAUCAACAAGGCUGAAUCUGUCCAGAAUGAGAAUCCCAACUUCUCAAGACUGAUGCUGGACCCACAAUCUGAUGUGAUGUCAGGGCCUGGGACCAGGCAGCUUGUAGUUCUCCUAAUGAUGACACUUCGCGUCUCCUGGGUUUAUCUGGUAUGACUGACUGCAGAGUGAAAGUGAACAUCUCCGAUCAUGGUAGAAAGCACUGCAGUGAGAUCAGAAACCAAGGUCAGAGCCCAGCAUGGGGGUGCUGAAGAUGCCAGCAGAGAGAGAUCAUUGCCAUCAGAAUUCAUUGACCCAAUUAUCAUGGCAUAGUUCUGCUGGGGCUUGCCCCAGUCUAACCAGGAACAGAAUUCAACACCAUCUUCUGUAUUUUGAAAUUUUGGUGACCACUGAAUCCAAGUGUCAGUCUUGGCUUGGGUGAAAUGAGGCUCAUCAGGACCUAUUGUUUUUGCAUCAUUGUGCAGAAAAAUUCCUGUGCGAGUCAAGGACAAAGAAACCUUGUUCAUCGGACUUUAAUGCUGGAGAAGUCAGUACCAUCCGCUGAGUUUGAAGCUGCUAAGCUAGGGUCCACCAGGGAGAGAGACAUCUUGUAGCACAGCAAGUAGCUUGAUAAGGCUCUAAAGGCAGCAAGAAGGGUCCUGUGUGCAAGCUGGGGAUUGUGGAAACACUGCUGUGACUGAGGAUUUGUGGUGUGAGGGUGACACUCAGUGGAGAGACAGGAAAAAUUCAAAUAGCUGCCUUCUAUUGCAUUUGCCCUUUCCAACCUUAUUUAAUAGUGGCUGUAUUCAUCUCAGAAAAGAUGGGAACUAGCUUAGCCUUUUUGACUAGUCCAAGGGCCCUGUCACUGAUAAGAUUGUUUCUUAUGGAUCAGAUGAAAAAGCAUCACCCAGCUUGUACAGACAAGUGCCCUCUGGCAAAGAGGCAUGGCGUGAGGUGAGACGCUGUGCAAAGCAUGCCUCUUAGGGGCACAGCCUUCUAAGCCGGGUGGUGGGGCAGGGUUAGCACAAGAGCAGACAGAUCUGAUGGGAAUUCCAGUAGAGAUUUUGCUUCUCGUGACUUGAUAGCUUUUCUGUAUCAAGAAUAUCGUUCUUUUAUAGCGACACUGAGCGUUUUGUCCCCUUAGGGUUUUAUUCACAACUGAGGCUGCUGCUAUUUUUAUUUUUUUGUAUUUGAUAAUUAUUUUUUAUAAAAGUCUAUGAAAAUAAAUAAUCUUCUCAUCCUC